AUGAAGUUCUCGAUUAGCGUCGCUGUCAUCUCCUUCAUCGCUGCUGCGACUACUGCUGCGGCUGCCCCUUACGAGCAGAUCCGCUUCCCCGUGCCGAGUACCAUGACUGUCGAAGAAGGAAGCACAAAAUGCGGUGACCAGGCACAGCUUUCUUGCUGUAACAAGGCCAAAUAUGGCGGCGAUACCACCGAGGUCGCCAAGGGAAUUGGAGCUGGUCUGCUGAGCAACCUCAUCGGAUCUGGUUCUGCUGCAGAGGGACUCGGCCUGUUCGAUCAGUGCUCGAAGGUGGAUGCCCAGGUUGCCGUCCUUGUCGGAGUGCAGGACAUCCUCAACCAGAAGUGCAAGCAGAACAUUGCGUGCUGCGCAAAGUCUCCAAGCGGUGCAACCAACGAUCUCAUUGGUGCUGGCCUCCCCUGUGUUGCCUUGGGCUCUAUUCUGUAG